AUGCACACAUUUACAGUUGUUGACGUCUUCGAUGUCUUAAACAGCACAAAGUGUCGUCGUGAGCAAGCGGCUGAUACAACCUGCCCUAUCGGGUUCCUGGCAAUGGCCAUGACCAUGGCCGAUUCCGCGCUUGUUCAAUUUCCUCCAGGGGGUUCUCGGAGCAGUGUCAUGCCAUUUUCUAAAGAUGGAGUCCUCGACUUUUGCGACAUAACAACUGAAAUGCUAAGUGGAGCGACGAAACCGGGUGUUGGGUUGAGCGGGUCCGAGUACGAGUACGAGUACGAGUACGAGAACGAGAACGAGCACGAGAACGAGCACGAGAACGCGCUUGAUCCCACGCUUACGGAUUACGCGUUCAUGAACAAUUCGUUACAUGGCGAUGACUUCGUACGGUACGGAGUAAUACUUGCAGCGCACACGUACUUGUACUGUACUUACUCCUUACUUAUAUAUAUUGCUGUACCACAUACCUAUACAGUACGUAUACAGUAUACUGAUACUUGCAUCUCAUCAACAGCAGCCGCAUCAGCACCGACGCCCAAGGACGAGAACAAGUGUGUUGACAACCUGUAUUUCAUUUCAAGCUUAGUCUCAAUUGUUAUUUCGGUAGUCACCGAAUAUGCAUGUCAAAUGGUAUAUCGUCAGCUAGAGAUCCUCCCAAAUGUGUCCCAAAGACGCAGAAAGAAGAACGAAACGGCCAUCCAUCCAAUCCAUCAAGCAGAGCGUCGAGCCUCCAUGCUCACCGAACAUGCUGACCCAGCAUGCUGA